AUGGCUAUGUUUAUGGCGUUUCUGGACCUGAAGAUGUCUGGAGCUGCCAUGUACGAAUUAGUCCGUGUUGGACAUAAUGAACUUGUUGGCGAAAUUAUUCGUUUGGAAGGGGAUUAUGCAACUAUACAAGUCUACGAGGAAACAUCUGCUGUAACAAUUGGAGAUCCUGUUUUACGUACUGGAAAGCCACUUUCAGUAGAAUUGGGUCCAGGCAUUAUGGGUUCUAUUUUUGAUGGAAUUCAACGUCCACUACACGAUAUUGCACAGAUGACCCAAUCUAUUUAUAUACCCAAAGGAAUCAAUACAAACGCCCUCAGUCGCACAAAACAAUGGGAAUUUAUUCCAAAACAAAGCCUACGUCCAGGGGAUCACGUUACUGGUGGUGAUAUUGUGGGGAUAGUCUAUGAGAGUGCUCUGGUUAAACACUCGAUUAUGGUGCCUCCAAAUGCUUGUGGAACUUUGAAGUAUUUGGCACCUAAAGGGAGCUAUAAUGUUACGGAAAAAAUCAUCGAAAUCGAAUUUUCUGGAGAUGUUCAAAAAUAUUCUAUGCUUCAAGUUUGGCCUGUCAGACAGCCCCGCCCAGUUGCCGAAAAAUUGGCUGCCAAUUAUCCACUUUUGUGUGGAGCUUUCGGUUGUGGAAAAACAGUAAUUUCCCAGUCAUUAUCAAAAUACAGCAAUUCUGACGCAAUUAUUUAUGUUGGCUGUGGAGAACGUGGAAAUGAAAUGUCUGAAGUAUUACGUGAUUUCCCAGAAUUAACAAUGGAAGUAGAUGGAAAAACAACAUCAAUUAUGGAAAGAACAGCUUUAGUAGCUAAUACUUCCAAUAUGCCUGUAGCGGCUAGAGAAGCUAGUAUUUAUACAGGAAUUACGUUGGCUGAAUAUUUUCGUGAUAUGGGUUUAAAUGUUGCAAUGAUGGCAGAUUCAACUUCCCGUUGGGCAGAAGCUUUAAGAGAAAUUUCUGGUCGUUUGGGAGAAAUGCCUGCAGAUUCUGGUUAUCCUGCCUAUUUAGCUGCUAGAUUGGCUAGUUUUUAUGAAAGGGCUGGAAAAGUUAAAUGUCGUGGAUCGCCUGAUAGAGAUGGAUCUGUUACUAUUGUUGGGGCUGUUUCACCUCCAGGAGGUGAUUUUGCUGAUCCAGUAACUACAGCUACAUUAGGAAUUGUUCAAGUAUUUUGGGGUUUAGACAAAAAAUUGGCUCAACGAAAACAUUUUCCUUCAAUUAAUUGGCUUAUAUCUUACAGUAAUUAUAUGAGAGCAUUAGAUGAUUAUUAUGAAAAGAAUUUCCCUGAAUUUGUCCCUCUUCGUACAAAAUACAAAGAAAUUUUACAGGAAGAAGAAGAUCUCUCUGAAAUUGUUCAACUUGUAGGCAAAGCUUCGUUAGCUGAAUCUGACAAAAUUACUCUUGAAGUUGCAAAAAUUAUUAAAGACGAUUUUCUCCAACAAAAUGGUUAUGCACCUUAUGAUCGUUUUUGUCCGUUUUACAAAACUGUUGGAAUGAUGAAAAAUAUGAUUGCAUUUUAUGACUUUGCCCGUCAUGCAGUUGAAUCUACUGCACAAUCUGACAAUAAAAUUACUUGGGCAAUUAUUCGUGAUCAUAUGAAUGAAUUAAUUUAUGAAUUGUCUUCUAUGAAAUUUAAGGAUCCUAUAGUUGAUGGUGAGGAAAAAAUAAAAAAAGAUUUUGAUGAUCUUUAUGAGCGUAUGCAGGUGGAUUAUUAA